UUCUUUCUUUUUUGGCCCGUUUUCUCUGGGGUAAGACGUGGGCGACUUUUGAUAUCGGGUUCUCUUUUGUGUUUCUUCCAUACCGUCCUCAUCAUGUUCAGUGACCUCAAGAGCGAAGCCGGCCUCAAGAAAUUGAACGGUUACCUGGCUGACAAAUCGUACAUCGAAGGGUUUGUGCCUACUUCCGCCGAUGUUGAGGUGUUCAAAGCCGUGGGUCAGGCCCCAGCUGCUGCCAAAUUGCCGCAUGUGGCCCGUUGGUAUCGCCAUUUGAAGUCCUUCAACGGUGGUGAGCAGGGUAAAUUCGCCAAAGCCAAGAAGGCCGAUUACGCCAGUGGUGGGGCAGCUGCCCCAGCCAAAGAUGACGACGAUGAUGUCGAUCUCUUUGGAUCCGAUGAGGAUGAGGAGGAAGAGGAUGCCGAGAAGGCCCGUGUCCGUGAAGAAAGGCUAAAGGCUUAUGCUGAAAAGAAGUCCAAGAAGCCCGCCUUAAUCGCCAAGACCUCUGUGCUGCUUGAUGUCAAGCCGUGGGAUGAUGAGACUGACAUGGAGGCAAUGCUCAAGUCUGUCAAGACCAUCGAAAUGGACGGUCUCCUUUGGGGUGCUUCCAAAUUUGUCCCCGUGGGCUAUGGUAUCAAAAAACUGACCAUCAUGUGUACCGUGGAAGAUGCCAAGGUAUCCAUCGACGAGCUUCAGGAGAAGAUCACCGACAUGGAGGACUUUGUUCAAUCUUGUGAUGUGGCUGCCAUGAACAAGAUCUAGGUGCCAAAUGUAAAGAAGGACCAUUUUAUACCAACGUAGAUCCUUGUCAUCCAAUCAGUCCAUCUCCAUGGACCUUGUCUUCUAAAGAGUUGUAACGUCAAUAAAUGAAACCUCUUGAA